AUGGAGUUGAUGGAGGAAUCAGAGCAUGAAAUUGAAAAGCAGAUCACCAUGGAAUGUAUAAAGAAAAGGAGAAAGGGCUGCACCUCCGUUGAUUGUGGUGAAGAAGCAGAAGUUUUUGUUGUUGGAAUGUUGGCAGAUGGAGUUUUCAAAGAUGCACAUGUCGUCGGAAAGAUUGUGAGAGGAAAAGUUGGAGAUGUCAACUUUGUAAGGAUUGACCAUUUGAAAAGGCCCCGCUCAGGUGCUACUGCUGUCAGCAGUAUGGGCAUGUGGCUGCUGUCUGUAAAGGACAACGCAUUUGCAGAAGAUGUAGAAAACAUGGACGCUAUGAGGAAUGUGAAGUGCCAGAAGAAAAGCUGGAAGGCUGAUAACUUUACUCAAGGCCAGAACAAGCAGAGGCAGGGACAAAACUUGGCAGGGCGCAUCAUGGCUGGUCCUUUUGAUUUUAAUGAUGAAGAAAUAAAAGAGGCUCUGCAGAACAAUGACAUAGCCUCAGCUGUUGAAAAGAUCAAUGACUAUUUGGAUCAACUGGAUCAAAUUCCUCUAAAUGUUGCUGUCACUGGAGUGUCCGGCUCUGGUAAAUCCACCUUUGUCAAUGCUUUUAGAGGCAUAAGCAAUAAGGAUGAGGGAGCUGCUCCUACUGGUCCUGUAGAAACAACUAAGGUAGUAACAUCGUACCCCCACCCAGUCUAUCCCAAUGUUUUACUCUGGGAUCUCCCUGGUAUCGGCACCACCACAUUUCUAGCUGCUGAAUACCUGAAGAAGGUGGAGUUUGAGAAGUUUGACUUCUUCAUCAUCAUCUCAGCUGAUCGCUUCAGAGAAAAUGAUGUGAAGCUGGCCAAAGAGAUUCAGAGGAUGGGGAAGAAGUUCUACUUUGUUCGCUCAAAGAUUGACCACAACAUACGUGAUGAAGAGAACUCUCAGAGGGACUUUAAUGCAGAACAGACCCUAGGGAAGAUAAAGAAUGACUGUAUUCAAGGUCUGAAGGAUCAAGGUUUUGAGAACCCCCAAGUCUUCCUGGUGUCCAGCCCUGAACUUCACCUGUAUGAUUUCCAUCUGUUAGAGGAAACCCUGGAGAAGGAGCUUCCUGCACACAAGAGAGCUGCUCUGCUGUUUGCCAUGCCAAAUAUCAGUCUGGAGAUAAUCAACAAGAAGAAAGAGGCUUUGCAGGCUAACAUACUGUUCAUUGCCUUUAUAUCUUCCAUAGUGGCAUGCGUACCAGUUCCUGGACUCUCUCUUGUUGUUGAUCUAUCCAUCCUGGGGACCACAGCCAAAAAAUACAAAGAUACUUUGGGUCUUGAUGACAGGUCACUGCAAAAUCUUGCUCGCAGUGCAAAAGUACCUGUGGAGGAACUCAGAGCAGAGAUGUUAUCACCACUGGCUAGAGAAAAAAUAGAAACUGAACUUAUAGUAAGGAUCCUCUGCACAUCUUCAGCUCAGUUAGCUUUGAUUGCAGCAGAGGAGGGGUUCAGAGUUAUCCCAGUCAUAGGUUCCUUUAUAGCAGGGAAUCUCUCUUGUGUCUCCACCUACAAUGCUCUCACUUUGUUCCUCGACAUGCUCGCAGAUAAUGCACAGAGGGUUUUUAAAAGAGCCCUGGGUUUGGACACCUCAGAGUGA